AUGUCAGGGACUACUUCUAAAUAUAUAUUAUUAAUAUCUUUUAUAAUUUGUUUAUUGUUUAUUACUCCUACUUUAUCUCAAUCAAAGUCUGUUGAUGAACAUCACUUCUUUGGUACAUUCUCAACGAUACCACUGGCGACAGUGCAAGAGAACUCGAUACAGGGCAAUUUCUCACUUAAACUAUCUUAUGUCAACUCUACCAUUGUGUUGUAUUAUUACUUGGAUUUGAUCAAUGUUAAUGGUGAAUAUGUUGAACAGAGUACAAUAAGACUUGAGGGUCCUGCCAAGCCAGGUACAUCAUCAACCAAUCUCAGAACAUUGUUAUCAUUCUCCAAUGCAACGAGGACACCAAACGAGUUCCAUGGCACUGGUCAUAACUUGGUGGCACCAUUCUCUCAACAGUAUAUAGCAUUCAACUCGAUUGUACCUCAUCUGUUGGACAAGGCAGCUGCUGAACAGUUAUACAUCGUUUUCCAACCUUUAAGCUCAAGUGUACCAGUGACUCGUUCACAACUUAUUUAUACACAGUCGACUACCAACGGAGGACAAGUUGACACUGGAGGUAACAAUGGCAACCCUGGAAGUUCACAUGAUUCAUCAAACGAAGAUUUAUCACCAAACAGUGCACAUAGACUAUCAAGCAUAGUCGGUAAACCAUUCAUUCUUCUGUUCUUUAUCAUGUUCAUCUUCACCUUUAUA